ACGUCCUUGAUGAAGGCAACACCCUGAACCAACGGGGCAAUACACUUACUGUAUCACUGCCUUGCUUCCUGCGUGCGUGUGUUGGGGGUGUGCUGGGAGAGGGAGGCGGAGAGCAGACCAGUGACAUAUGUCGCGGGAAAAGAGCGGAGCGUUUGUCAUCACGGGCCAAGCAUCUACAGCUGAUCGCGAUGCCCUAUCUUCUCCUCUUCCUCUUUCUCCUGCCGGGGGUGUUGGCGGACGAUGACAUCAAUCCAGACAUAUACCUGGAUGUGCCAGGUCUCAUCACCAAGUAUGGCUUCCCCGUGGAGACUCACAUUGUCCAGACAGAGGACGGCUACCUCCUGACGCUGCACCGCAUCCCCCAUGGCCGGCAGGGAGACACUGAGGACCACAACAGGGUGAUGGCCCGACAGCCCAUUCUAAUGCAACAUGGACUGCUUUCAUCUUCCUCCAGCUGGAUCAUGGGUGCUCCUGAGAAGGCUCCUGCAUACAUCAUGGCAGACGCAGGAUAUGACAUCUGGCUUGGCAAUGCACGUGGCAACACCUAUUCCCGCAACCACACAAAGCUUGACCCUGAUGGCAGAGAUGGCAAAUUCUGGGACUUCAGUUGGGAUGAGAUGGGUUACUUUGAUGUCCCUGCCAUGAUAGACUACAUCCUUAACAAGACUGGCCACACUACCCUCUUUUACAUUGGCCACAGCAUGGGAACCACCAUGUUCUUUGCUGGAAUGUCUGCCAGGCCGGAGUACAACAGUAAAGUAAAGGCCAUGUUUGCCCUGGGACCCGUGGCCACUGUCAGUCACAUCCUCAGCCCCAUCCGCCUCCUGGCACCACUCACCAGGGAAAUUGAGGCACUGUUCUUACUCCUUGGCCAUAAUGAGUUCCUUCCACACAACCGGCUGUUUACUAAGUGGGUGGAGAAGAUCUGCGCUGCCCAGAGGUACACCAAGCUCAUGUGUGUGAACAGCAUCUUCCUCCUCACUGGGUUUGAUCAAGCACAGUUUAACAUGACUUGGCUGCCUGUCAUCCUCGCCAACAACCCAGCGGGCACGUCUGUCAGAACUGUGGCUCACUAUGCACAGGAGGUGGAGUCAGGCAAGUUCCAGCACUAUGACUUUGGAUCGAGGGAGAACAUGAGGCGAUACAACCAGACCAAACCUCCCCAGUAUAACCUGAAGAACGUGGUAGCUCCUGUGGGUCUUCUGUGGGGCAUAAACGACUUCUUGGCCGACCCCAAGGACGUGGCACACCUGGCUGGCAGCUUACCCAAUAUGGUGCAUGAUGUCUGCAUGCCACGGCCGUCCUUCAACCACAUUGACUUCAUUUGGGGUGAUGAUGCAGACAAGCUAGUUGUACGCCUUCUCCUUAAGUACUUGCCGUUUUACUAGUCCACCACUCAUUGCACCUGUAGUUACUGUGAUGCACCAGUGCCCAUAGUAGUUUUUUUAUUAUGUAAUCUUGUGCACUGUUAUAUUACUUGUUUACACUGCACACUUAGCCUUCACCCCAUGGUUGUGUUUUGCAGUACUCCAGUCCCACUACAUAUUAAAAUUGGUGUUCACUAGGGUGUGUUAUAGUGAAUGCCAACAGGGGAACAUAGUCUUCAGUGUGUUGUCACUGAGCUGGUUUGACAUUUUGUUGUGCUUGGAAGGAAAAGCUAUUCUAUGAUGUUUUAAUUUUUGUAUCAAAGCCUAAAGUAGUCUUGUCUGUAUCUACUCCUAAAGAAUACUAAAGUCCAGAAAGUGUUUGGUCACAAGGAUUUUGGACAGAGCACUUCUCCCACUUUUUCACUUGAAGGUCAGUUUGGGUGGCUUGUGGCAGCAUUUACACUGCCUUUUGUUUAUUCACUUCAGAAGGCAAAGAACAUCAGCAGAAAAGAGCACCACUCACUCACAAGUCAAAUCAGAGCCAGUGCUAGACAGCUGUACAGAUGGUGACAGUCCCAAUAUUUCAGGGAUACAUACAGUGGAGCACAGUGAUCCAAAUCCUUGGUAAUAGUAUGUAAUACUACUGUAAUAUGUAUUGUGGUGUAGCUACUCUCACUCUAUUAGUUUAUAUAUAUAUAUAUAUAUAUAUAUAUAUAUAUAUAUAUAUAUAUAUAUAUAUAUAUAUAUAUAUAUAUAUAUAUAUAUAUAUAUAUAUAUAUAUAUAUAUAUAUAUACUUAGUGAAAUGGUCAGUAGUAUUAGUAGUGCAUUGUUCCAUUGUUAUGCUGUCACUCAGGUACUUCAUUGCAGCCUACCUCAUGAUACAUACUUGGAUACCUUUAAUAUUUCUAUGAAUACUAUCAUAAGAUUUGUAUUUUUUAUUUGUGAAAUUAUUCAAUAUGAUGAAUAUGUUUCUUUACUUGAAAA